CUCUGCAAUAUAUAUAAUUUGUUCAUUCUGGGUUUAAGAGAUAUAUAUAUACACUACCCAGAUCAGCAAGUGAUCGUUAAUGCAGAGAGAGUUUAUACCGUAAGGCUUAAGUAGAGCGAUUUGAUCCACAAAGAUUCAAGCAUUUUGGGUAAGAUGGGUGUGCUAUGGUGGAGGCUGAUUCUUGAUCUUCUACUUUCCGGGAUUCUCUUCUCUCUUCAACCUGCUUGCGCCUCCUUCCACAAAGGUGGGAAUGAGUACAGUUUCACGAAGGAUGCAAGGUCAGCUCCAGAUGCAUCAUACUACGACUACAUCGUCAUCGGUGGAGGCACCGCAGGAUGCCCUUUGGCCGCCACUCUCUCCCAAAACUCCACUGUCUUGCUGCUUGAACGCGGCGGCUCCCCCUACGGCAACCCUAACAUCACGGAGGCCGUAGCCUUCGGCGCUGCCAUCUCUGAUUUGAGCCCCACGUCCCCGGCUCAACGCUUCAUAUCGGAAGAUGGUGUCAUCAACUCCAGAGCUCGCGUUCUCGGCGGCGGAAGCUGCAUUAACGCCGGUUUCUACUCUCGCGCUAGCCCUCACUAUGUCAGGGCAGCAGGAUGGGAGGGGAAAUCAGUCAACGAGUCAUACGAGUGGGUGGAGAAGGUGGUCGCCUUCCAGCCUGUCAUGAGCAACUGGCAAUCCGCCGUCAGGGACGGCCUCAUCCAAAGCGGCGUCGUUCCUUACAAUGGCUUCACUUACGAUCACAUCAACGGCACCAAAGUCGGCGGCACCAUCUUCGACCCCCACGGCCACCGCCACACCGCCGCUGACCUUCUCCGAUACGCCAAUCCCUCACAAAUCACCGUCCUUCUCCAUGCCACCGUCCAUAAGAUCCUAUUCCCUAGUCCAUCCAAAGGCAAAUCAAAAGCCAGGGUGGCUCGUGGAGUCAUUUUCAGGGACUCGUUGGGGAUGAAGCAUAGGGCAUAUCUGAAGAAUGGGCCUAAGAACGAGAUCAUCGUAUCAGCUGGGGCUCUGGGAAGCCCACAACUUCUGAUGUUGAGUGGUAUUGGGCCUCAGGCCCACCUUAAGGCCCAUAACAUUACUGUGGUCCUGGACCAACCUUUUGUAGGCAAGGGCAUGUCCGAUAACCCCAUGAACGCCGUCUUCAUCCCGUCUCCGAUCCCCGUCGAGAUCUCCCUCCUUAGCACCGUCGGCAUCACUAGCUUUGGCUCGUUCAUCGAAGCUGCAAGCGGCGAGAAUUUCGCCUCUGGUUCUUCCAAAGACUAUGGAAUGUUCUCUCCCAGGAUCGGUCAGCUAUCUAAACUUCCACCGAAGCAGAGGACACCGGAAGCCCUAGCGAAAGCUGCAGAGUUGAUGGAGAGCUUAGAGGGGGUAGCGUUUCAAGGAGGAUUCAUCUUCGAGAAGAUAAUGGGUCCGAUAUCAACCGGGCAUUUGGAGCUCCGGAACAGAAAUCCGAAGGAGAACCCGAUGGUGACCUUCAACUACUUUCAGGACCCGAGAGACCUAGAGAGGUGCGUGCAGGGAAUAAGCACAAUAGAGAAGGUGAUAGAGUCGAAGGCGUUCGCGGCAUUCCGUUACCAGAAUAUGCCAGUGGAAAUGCUGCUGAACCUGACGGCGAAAGCGCCUGUGAACUUACUGCCCCGUCACGCGAACACGUCGACGUCGUUGGAGCAGUACUGCAGAGAUACGGUGAUGACCAUAUGGCACUACCAUGGAGGUUGCCAAGUCGGGAAAGUCGUGGACCGUGAUUAUAAGGUUCUUGGCGUGCAGCGUCUUCGCAUAAUCGACGGUUCAACCUUCCUGACAUCUCCAGGAACGAAUCCCCAAUCCACUGUCAUGAUGUUGGGAAGGUACAUGGGAGUCAAAAUGUUGAGACACAGGCUUACGGGUGAGUGAUGAUGAUGAUCAUGGAUGAAUGUUGGAUUGGAGUAGUCCUUAAUUAUUUUCUUGUGUUGUUUCUUUAAAUUUGAUGUUGGGUUGAACGUGUGUGUCACAUAAUUUUCCCCCGCUCAUUCAUGUGGAUGUCGUGGAGGCGUAAUUUUGGGCUUGGCUUCUUCGACUAUA